AUGAUUUCGAUUCAUUUUGAUGACGAUUACAAUGAUAAUAAUGACGAUUAUUUACCUAAUUCAUCUCAAACAAAUAAUGAUUGCUUAGAAAUGGAUACUUUAAAACGUAGGCACUUUACUACUACGAUUAAUCAACAACAAUUCUCUAAAGCUGGAUACGAACAAGUUCCUCUUGACCCUAUUGACUUUGAUGAGAAUGGAAAAUUAUAUAAACCGAUACGUUUACCCAAAAAUAAGAUUUUAGCUUUUUGGCAACAAAAUAAUGAUAUCAUUAUUCCGGCAUUCUUUACUCUUUUAUCUUUUUGGACGAGAUAUUAUUUGAUUUCUUAUUCAAAUUUUGUUGUUUGGGAUGAGGCACAUUUUGGCAAGUUUGGUUCGCAUUACCUAAAAAGAGAAUUUUACUUUGAUGUGCAUCCACCACUUGGAAAAGUGUUGGUUGGUCUUGCAGGAUUGCUCGCAGGAUAUAAUGGAUCAUUCGAAUUCGGAUCUGGUGAAACAUAUCCCGAAGAUAUUAAUUACCCUUUUAUGAGAAUAUUUUUUGCUACUUUCGGUGCCUGGAUGGUUCCUUUGGCUUAUUUUACUGCACUUGAGUUAAAUUUCUCCCAACACGCUGUGAUCUUGACGACAUUAAUGGUUUUACUUGAUACCGCGUACCUUUGUAUUAGUCGUUUUAUCCUAUUGGAUUCUAUGUUGUUAUUUUUCACUUUCACUACUGUUUUUUUCUUGACAAAAUUCCACAAUCAACGCGAUGACCCUUUCUCUAUUGAUUGGUGGUUAUGGCUUAUUCUGACUGGAGUAUCUAUUGGAUGUGUAACAAGUGUUAAAUGGGUUGGUUGUUUUGUUACUGCAUUGGUUGGCUUGUAUACUAUUGAGGAUUUUGGUCCAGGCGAUGCGCAAAUGAGUUCCUUAUUUCAAGCAGGCUUGCGUGGCAAUAAUUUUCACGGAAAUCCUAUAGAAUUGGCAUAUGGUUCAAGAUUCACCCUUAAAAACAUGGGAUAUGGUGGCGGACUUUUGCAUUCUCAUGUUCAAACUUUCCCUACUGGAUCGAAACAACAACAAGUAACAUGUUAUCAUCAUAGAGAUACGAACAAUGAUUGGAUCAUUAAAAAAAUAAGAGAAGAACAUGAAGAGAACAGUACAGUUGUUGAAUUUGUAAAACACAAUGAUGAAGUCCGUUUAUUUCAUGCGUCAACUAAACGAAAUCUUCAUAGUCAUCAAGUAAAUGCACCUGUCACAAAGUCUCAGUAUGAAGUUAGUUGUUAUGGUAACGAUGAACUUGGCGAUCAAAACGAUAACUGGAUUGUUGAAGUGGUUGAUGAUCUUCUUGAAAAUACUCCUCAUAUCCGAGCGUUGACAACCCGUUUACGAUUUCGUCAUAAAAUCUUGGGAUGUUAUUUACGAGCCGCUAAUACUAUUUUGCCUCAAUGGGGAUUUAAACAAAUUGAGGUUACAUGUGAUAAAAAGGACAAUCCGCACGAUUCUCACACGCAUUGGAAUAUUGAGCAUCACUGGAAUGACAAACUACCUCCUGGUGGUGGUUCUCAUUAUAGAACAAUGUUCUUACAUGAUUUUUGGCAUUUAAAUGUUGCCAUGUAUACCACUAACAAUGCGCUCAUUCCUGAUCCUGAUAAAGAAGACAUUCUUGCCUCUCAUCCAUGGCAAUGGCCUAUAUUACAAGUAGGUAUUCGAAUUUGCGGUUGGGAUGAUAAUGCAGUCAAAUACUAUUUACUUGGAAAUCCUAUAAUUUGGUGGUCUGCACAAUGGACUCAUUUCUUAUACGUGGGUAAAAUAAGUUUUAUCGGAUGGUUACUUCAUUUCUUGCCAUUUUUCAUAAUGGGUCGUGUUACAUAUCUUCAUCACUAUUUUCCCGCUCUUUAUUUCUCAAUUUUAAUGUGUGCGUUCAUGUUGGAUCAUUUUACUUCAAGUUGUAAUCCAAUAAUUAAGCAUGCUAUAUUUGGUAUCAGUUACUUGGCGGUAAUAUCAGUGUUUUUAUAUUUCAAGGAUAUUGCAUUUGGUUUUGACUAUCCUUCUAGAGAGCUUAAAGGAAGACAAUGGUUUAGCACGUGGAAUCUUAUUGAUUAA